UACGUUUCCAUUUGAUUAAGAGAACAAAAGAAAACAAGAGAAGAGAUUAUAGGAACAAAAGCAAUUAAUGGACACAUUGAGGGUGCAAAGCUUAGCUUCUCAGUCGAAGGAAACGAUUCCUGCAGAGUUUGUUAGGUCAGAGACAGAGCAACCAGGCAUCACAACCGUUCAUGGAACCCAACUUGGGGUUCCUAUAAUCGAUUUCAGUAACCCUGAUGAAGACAAGGUGCUGCAUGAAAUUAUGGAAGCAAGUCGUGACUGGGGCAUGUUCCAAAUUGUGAACCAUGAGAUACCUAGCCAAGUUAUAGAAAAACUUCAAGCCGUGGGGAAAGAGUUCUUUGAGUUACCACAGGAAGAAAAGGAACAAUAUGCUAAGCCUGCAGACUCAACAUCUAUAGAAGGUUAUGGAACAAAGCUUCAAAAGGAGGUGGAUAACAAGAAAGGUUGGGUGGACCAUUUAUUCCACAGGAUAUGGCCACCUUCGGACAUUAACUAUCGCUUCUGGCCCAAGAAUCCUCCUUCUUACAGAGAGGCUAAUGAGGAAUAUGAUAAGUACCUACAUGGGGUUGUUGAUAAGUUGUUCGAAAGCAUGUCAAUAGGGUUGGGGCUUGAAAAACAUGAACUAAAGGAAUUCGCAGGGGGUGAUAACUUGGUUCACCUUUUAAAGGUAAACUACUACCCACCUUGUCCAUGCCCUGAUCUUGUCCUCGGCGUGCCAUCUCAUACGGACAUGUCCUGCAUUACCCUUCUUGUGCCCAAUCAUGUUCAGGGCCUUCAAGCCUCAAGAGAUGGCCAUUGGUACGACGUUAAGUAUAUCCCCAAUGCUUUGGUCAUUCACAUUGGAGAUCAAAUGGAGAUAAUGAGCAAUGGAAAAUACAAGGCCGUGCUUCACAGGACUACAGUGAGUAAAGACGAAACAAGAAUUUCGUGGCCAGUGUUCGUAGAGCCCCAACCAGAGCACGAAGUGGGGCCUCACCCAAAGCUGGUUAACCAAGACAACCCACCAAAAUAUAAGAGCAAGAAAUACAAGGAUUAUGCUUACUGUAAGCUCAAUAAGAUCCCUCAGUAAAUUAAUUAAGCAGCACUGCAGACAUGUUGUAUUGUAGGUAACACUGCACAUAUAAAUAUAUAUGCUUAAUUUGUUAGUUUAAUUUGCCAAAUAAACGUGGGUAGGGAUGAGAGACAACGUAGUACCUGUGGCUAAUUUUUGUCUCCCGCCACGAGUUUAACGAGUAAUAAUCGAGUUGAUCAGAUACAAGUAAUCUUUAAGUUUUUAUUUUUGGGGACCAAAAUGGGGAUGAAUAACCAUUUUUUCUUGUAUCCGUAUCCAUUACUUGUGUCCCUCA